CACACACAAUUUGCGCAAUUCCACGCAACAACAACACACAGGGCACACAGCAACGGGAUACAAGCUUAAAAGUAUUUUGACACAUUCAAGCACACUCAAGUUGUGUCAAAAUAAUAUAAAUAGGUGUAUAUCAUCAUCAUCAUCAUCUGCAUCAUCAUCAUCAUCAUCAUCAAAUACAUGAUAUAUUAGGUAUAUGUAAACCAAUAAUAUAUAUAUAUAUACCUAUAUGAUAUAGAUAUAUAUAUAUUUAUAGAUACAUAUGUAUUCAAGAUGUGCAUUCAGUGAAUUUUUCAAAGACUCCAAUAAAAUACCAUAGUGGUAUUUAUUUAUUAAAUAUAUAAUUAAGCACAUCUUUAUUGUUGAAAUGAAGAUAACAUCAUUAAUUGACAAAGAUGGCUUGGUGGUUUAUUGACAAAAUAUUAUGAUGAUGAUUAUUAUUAUUAUUAUUAUGAAUCAAGUGACAGGCAUUACUAUUUACUACUAAAUAGAUAAUAAUAGUUUUUGUAUUGCUAUUGUUGUUAUUAUAAUUAUAAUUGCAGAGGGUGAGUAGUGAAGGUGAUAAUUGUAGAAGCAAAAAAAUAAAAUACAAGAAAAGAAAUUAACCAAUAAUAAAAUGAUAGAAUGAUACAAUAAGAGUGUGUGAUGAAUGAUUAUGGUGCAGCAGCAGCAACAACAACACACAAUGAUAUGUCAUAUUAAUAAUAUCAAUAUCAUUAAAUAUAAUAAUAAACAUUACAGCUGAUGAUUUGUAGGAAUAUUAAUUAUUACACAAACACACACAUAUGAAUACACACACAAAUUAAUCCAAAUCAAUACAUGAUGAAAAAAUGUGUGCAAUUUUAUCAAUAAUAAAAACUUGGAUUAUCAAUUUUUCAAUAAUAUAAAAAUUAUUGUGUGAUUAAUAAUAAUUAAUAAAAAAUAAAUAAAUAAAUAAAUAAAUAAAUAUGGCGCAUAUUGAUGCAUUAUUCAACUCAAAACAAUAUGUUGGACCAGAAAGUCUUGCAGAACUUUGUUUCAAAAAAAUUUGUAAUAAUUUAGAUAUAAUAUCAAUAAAAGGAAAACAUGGACAACGAAGUCUCAUUCGUGGUCUUGUAUUUCCAAGUGAAAUAUGCGAUAAAAUAAUUGAAUUUGCCCAAAAAUGUGAUAAUAUUAUUGUGGAUGAUGAUUUUUUUUUAAUAUUUGAAGAUAUUAUUGCAACAAGAUUGAGACGUGUUAAAGUUACAAACAGCAAAAUAAGUGAUAUAUCAGUUGGUAUUAUUGCCAAUCAUCACGUCACACAUUUGGCAUUCAAUGACUGUGAAUAUCUUAGUAAAUUAUCAAUCGAGUACAUAAAUAAUAAUUCAAAAAAUUUACAAAGUUUAUCAUUUCGUGGAUGUCACAAUGUUAAUCCAGUAGAUUUAACAAGUUAUAUAGAUUCAUCUGUUAAUUAUCUUAAAAGAGGAUAUGUUUUUAAUGCAAAUAAUUUACGACAUUUGGCACUUGAACGUGUUCAAGUUGCACCAGAACAAUAUCCAAUAUUAUUAUCUGGUUUAACAAAUUUAACACAUUUAGAUCUUUCAAAUGCAAGUAAUAUUGGUAAUUUUGAAUUUUAUUCAUCAGUACCAUAUUUAAUAUCAUUAUGUCUUUAUAAUGUUAAAAUAAUUGGUGAUCCUCAUGCAUUUGUUGAAAAUAUUAUUAAAUUAAAAAGACUAAAACAUCUUGAUAUUUCACAUGCAAAUCAUGCUAAUGGAAUUUAUAAAAAUUCUAAUCAAAUAUUAGCUGAAUUGGUAAAUGGUUUACCAAAUUUAUUAUCAUUAGAUAUUGGAGGAACAAAUUUAGCUGGUCGUGGAGUUGCUGAACAUCCAAUACGUGAUAAUACACGUGUUUGUGGUGGUGGUGGUGGUGGUGAUGAUUAUUAUUAUGGACUUUGUGAUAUUCAAGGACUUGCAUGUAGAGUUAAUAAUCCAUUGCAAUAUUUAGGUUUAUAUGGUACUGGUGAUGGUGCAUGUAGAAGACAUGAUAUACCAGCAAAAGUUAUAUCUGGUGAUGCUAAUGAUCAACAAAUACUUAUUGCUGCUCGUGUUUGUAUGGAUAAUAAACCAGAUUUAUUACAAAAAGUAUUAAAUGAUUUGUAUCAUGUAUUUAGAUAUGAAAAUUGUCAACGUAUGGAUCAAGCAUUGUGUACUGUACUUGAAGCUAUGGAAAAACAUUUGUCUGAAAAACAUAUACAAAUAUCUGGUAGUGCAACAUUAUUUUAUAUUGUUAAAACAAAAGAUAAAUGUCAACUUGUUGGACAAAUGAAAAAACGUAUUAUUGGUACAUUACUUGCUGGUAUGAGUGCACAUAAAGAUGAAGAAACAAUGAUGCGUAAUAGUUGUUUAGCACUUUGUCAAUUUCGUAUACCCCAUGAUGUUAUGUCAAAUUAUGAGCCACUUGUUAAAGUAUUAUUACACUCUGCAAAACAUGCUGAAUCAGAAGGUUUUGUACAACGUAUUGGUAUUUAUUUAUUAAAUUCAUUGGCAUGCCAAGUUGAAGGUAAAAAAAAACGUUUACUUGGUAAAUUAGGUUGUGUUGGAACAAUGUUAAAAUUAGUACAAUACAGAGUUGAUUGUAGUAUAUUUGAUGAUGUACUUGAAGUUGCAUGGUCAACAAUGUGGAAUAUGACUGAUGAAACACCAAUUAAUUGUCAAAGAUUUUUAGAUGAAGGUGGUAUGAAUUUAUUUUUACGUUGUGUUAAACAAUAUCCAUCAAAAGAAGAAUUAUUAAGAAAUAUGAUGGGUUUAUUGGGUAAUGUUGCUGAAGUUGAUGCUCUUCGUCCUCAUUUAAUGCAACAACAAUAUGUAUCAGUAUUUGCUAAUUUAUUACGUUAUGAUAGUGAUGGAAUUGAGGUAUCAUAUAAUGCAACUGGUAUAUUGGCACAUAUGGCAUCAGAUGGAAUUGAAUCAUGGAGUGUUGAACAACCAUCAAGAGAUCAAGUUUUAAGCAUGAUGGUUGAGGCUAUUGAACGUUGGGAUUUAUCAGCUCAACGUAAUAUUAAUUAUCGUUCAUUUUUACCAUUAUUAAGAUUAUUAGAUGUUUAUCAUACACCAGAAUGUCAACAUUGGGCUGUAUGGGCACUUGCAAAUUUAACCCAAGUAUAUCCAAACAAGUACUGUUCACUUGUUGAAGCUGAGGGAGGAUUAGAAAAACUCAAUAAUUUAUUAACUGAUGGAAGACCAUAUAAUCGUAUUAAAAGUCUUGCUUUAUCAGUUAUUGUACAUUGCAGUCCAAAUAAUACUCGUUGGAAACAACAAGAAACACUUCAAUCAUCAUCAGAUGCAGAAUAUAGUUUUGAUGGAUAAUAAUUAAUUAAUAAACAAUAUACAGGUGCUACAAUUAUAUCAUUAUAAAUUAUUAUUUUAUUGUCAUUAUCAAUAUUACCAUAUAAUUUUCUCACAUUCAUUUUUACUUAAAAAAUUUAUUUUAUUUUAAUCAAUGUAAAUAUUAACAUAAAUCAGAAUAAUAACUAUCAGCAAUACAAUAAUAUUGUUCAAUUCUAACAAAGUUAGUUGAGUGUGUUUAAAUUUAUAGUUGCAAAAUUUGGAUAGUUCAUUCUUACGACUGUUUAGUAUUACAAAUUGCUAGAUAAUUAUAAAAACAAAUAGUAUGUAUGAAUAAUAAUGAUAAUAACAAUAAUAAUAAUAAUAAUAAUAUUAAAUAAAAAAAUCAUGGUAAAUGUGAAAUAAUAAUAAUAAUAAUAAUGUAAAUAACAACAAAUGGAGGGUAUCAAUAUUAAAAGAUAUAAAUAAAAAAAUUAAAGUUUGCAUUCAAUUAUUAGUAAGAGUACAAAAUUAUUUAGUUGAUAAUUUUCAAUUUUCAAUAUAAUACUAAUGUAUAGUUUGUUUUUUUUCUACAUGAUAAUUAAUACAAAAAAAAAAAAUAAUAAUACUUGUAAAAUAAAAUAAUUAGGCUCACAAAA